AAACGGUGACACUUCCAUUCAGGAUUGAACGUAACAAUGAAGUCUUUGAUUUUCUUAAUCAUCACCAUUGCCAUAACUUUGGCUAUGCCAACGCAUUACCAGUACUACGGACCACCGGCGCCCAUAGGCCAUGAUGGCAGGGUCAUGGACACGCCGGAAGUAGCACAUGCCAAAGCGGCGCAUCUAGCUGCCGUAGCGGAAGCUGUCGCGAAGGUUCCGCAUAGCGUGGCUUCCUACACGGAAAAUCAGGGCUAUCACGGAUAUGCAAACCCCGUAUCAGUUGAUCAUCAAAUGUAUCAUAGCGGAUACGGAUAUCAUGGGCCGCUAGCCCCGUUAGAUCAUGACGGUCGCGUAAUAGACACGCCGGAAGUGGCCCGAGCAAAAGCCGCGCAUCUGGCGGCUUACAACCAUAUAGCUUCCUCGACACCUGUCGCGCAUGAUCAUUCGCAGAUUUACAAGCCACCGGUUUACAGUCAUGACGGCUAUUAUGACGGUGACUCAUCAAGCCCCCUGUCUCAUGACAACAGAGAGAUUAAUGGUUUCAUGGCCGGAGUCACUUUCCACGCAAUUCAUCAAGCAAAAAGUAAUCGACCCUUCGUGCGGCGAACCACGCCGGACUUCCUGUUGGAUCCGCCGCCAGGCCCUUGGCGGUCGCUCUUGACGACGAUGAUGAGCGUGAAAGAGCCGGCCAACGAAGUCGGAAGACUGUACGAGACUGACCUCGGUGAUGCAUCCACAUCUGAGGAGAGGUGUAUCCCUUCCCAGAUUGUUCUAUUCGCAUUCUGUGCCAUCGCGACGGCAACACCAGUCUUGGACACGCCGGAGGUAGCGCAAGCGAAAGCGGCGCAUCUCGCCACCCAGGCUUAUGAGGCCGCCAGGAACACGAUCGGUUACGGAUGGCCCGGUUAUGGAUGGUCCGGUUACGGAUGGCCCGCCCUUUAUGCAUCUGCGAUUGCGUACGGCGCUCCCAUCGGCGCGGAUGGCCGGGUGAUAGACACACCUGAGGUCGCCCAGGCCAAGGCUGCCCAUCUCGCUGCUCACGCCCAAGAGGCUGCCAAGACGAUCGGGCUGAUACCAUACGGUGCACUAGCAUACGCCACGUCGCCUGCAUUCUAUGCUUACGCUCCACUUGGACCUGAUGGCAGGGUAAUCGACACCCCUGAAGUGGCCCAGGCUAAGGCAGCACAUUUGGCCGCACAUGCUGCAGCAGCCCGAAACGCUGUUUAAUGAAUUAAGUAACCAUUGGAAAUUGCGUAUUGAUAAAAUCAAGCUAUCUCUCUUCCCAAUCGUGAAAGUAUGUACGGAGACACUGUGCCAUGUUUUUACCAUGUUUUAUAUGGAUCUGAUGUGAGGAAACUUUGAUAAUAAAUAAGCCAUUUUUAAGAA